ACCAGAGGAGUAGCAGCUGGCAAAAUGUGCAAAGGCUUAGCUGGGCUACCAGCAACAUGCAUUGAAAGAGCCAAAGGGAUAAAGACAAAAUUGGGCAUCCUGCUGCUGAAGCCAGAAAACAUCAAUGACUACAUCAUCCCCUACUCUGAGAAACCGGAGAAGUUCAGCAAGCCCCAGAGACCUUCCCAGCUAGAGGUGCUGCAGUGGCGUGAUUCGCUGGAAAAACUGUUGCUGAACAAUUAUGGCCUGCUUGCCUUCAGAGCAUUCCUGCAGUCGGAGUACAGCGAGGAGAACAUUGAGUUCUAUCUGGCCUGCGAGGACUACAAGAUGAUCAAGUCCCCUAUGAAGUUGACCUCUAAGGCAAAGAAGAUCUAUGAAGAAUACAUUGAGAAAGAAGCCCCCAAAGAGGUCAACCUCGACCACUUCACCAAAGACAUCAUCGUGAAGAACCUGGUUGAACCCUCUCCAUCCACUUUCGAGAUUGCCCAGAAGAAAGUGCUCACUCUGAUGGAGAAGGAUUCCCUCCCCCGCUUCCUGAAAUCCGAACUUUAUCAAGAAAUGAUAAAGUAACAUCUUGGCCGGGCUGUGCAAAACAUUGGGAGUUCAUCAGUCUACUAACUGAAUUGAUAUCUGAAUAUAGCCUCACUCCUGUUAGUUAAAAUAAAUACUAUCUUUCUCUUCUUUAAAACUCAGAGCACCAAACUAACACCAUUUAAAAGGUUUGUUUUUUGCAUAGCCCCCAAAAAUAAACAGGCACCAUUUCUGGUAAAGUGUGCGUACCUU